AUGGGCUCUAGUCAGAAAAAGAAAAACGAAAAGAAAAAGGAUUUCCAGAAAACGAAGCUUAAGGUUGGCAAGAAAAAGGCCGCUCCGUCGAAUUUUACGAAUACAAGCUUCAAAUCGAAAGGCUCCAAGACCGAUACCCAGCGCAAGGAAUCCUUGUCUCAUCUCACUACCGCUAUCUCAUCGAGGCCCGUUGAUUCACCACUUCCCCGGCCAGUAGGAGUUAUCCUGCCGCUGUUAUUCCCUUUAAUUCUGGAUGGCAAUAAUGGAGUGCGAGCCCAGCUUCUUAAGUUGUUGAAGGUUCUUCCCCGAGCUGAUUUGGAAGGUCAUGCAUCUACAUUUUUACCUUACCUUCGAGCUGGCAUGACACACUUGGCGGCGGAUAUCAGGCUAUCAUCUGUGGAAAUUCUCUCCUGGCUGCUCUCUGUUGCUGGACAGGAACUAGUAUCUGCAGCAGGGGGAUGGGUUAAAACGCUGAAUUGCUUCCUUUCACUACUUGGAUGGCAUACCGAGACCUCAACAAAAUGGUCUUCUAAUAAAACUUCAUUUGGGAAAUCUGGAAGCGAGGGAAAGCUAACAGCAAGGGUACUACAAAUAUUUGCUGAGUUCCUGCAGGCAGGGAUCGGCAAGCCUGAUGAGCAGAGUACAUUGAAAGAGGGACAAGGAGUUAAUGAUAGUCAGGCUUGUUUCCCUCUCCGUCAUGUUCAAUAUCACCUUCUCCCGACAAGGUCAUCUCCGUUUGCCUACCUUGACCUAUUCGGCAGUAUCAAAAGCGAGGAAGCGGAUAUGUAUGAAUCUCGUGAAGAUCGACUAAGAGUUUUUACACAGAUUUUCCACCUCCCGGUUCAGCGGGGUCUUGAUGCUGCCAGACAGGAUGGAGGUGAGAUCGGUCGAGUUUCCGCCGCAGCCAGGAAGGUACUUCGAGACUGUAACUUGUCCAUUAAAUCGUGA